AUGAAUUGCCGGUCGUGGGAAUACGAUGGAAACUUCUUUCGAAAGCAAACCACCCUUUCACAUGUUUGGCCUUCUAGCUCAGAGCAGAUCCAAAUUACGGAACUUCCAGUGUAUCCUCUCCGCUACGCAGCAGAUGGAGUGGAGUCCGAAUUACGAGACCGAGGCGAAACCUUCUGGGCAUGUCGGCGACAAAAGUACGUAAACUACAACGUGCCACUUCAAGGCCUUGGCUCACAGUUGGCUAAUUUGCGGUAUAUGGUUGACAUGGAGGCUUACAAGUUAAUGCACGGCAGCGAUGAUGACCCAACAACUCGCAAUGAGCUCAGUGACGAUGCAAUGGAGAGUGACAAGCCUCCCAGCAGCUCUUUCACCCUCAUGUUACCUGCUACGAUACACGGAUACGGGUUUCAUGAUAAGAAGUGGAAAGUUUUAUUUGUAGAACACAUCCGAGAUAUCAAAUGGAACAAGGAGGUUUUUGAGCAUCAACUGGUUCUUCAAGAAGGCAAGAAAGAGCUAGUAAAGGCUUUAGUUUCAGUGCACAUUGAGAAGGAUGAUACAAUUGGAACCGACUUCAUGGACGGUAAAGGAGAAGGACUGAUCGUCUUACUUCACGGUGGGCCAGGGACUGGCAAGACUCUAACAGCAGAGAGCAUUGCAGAACUCGUUGAACGUCCACUAUACAGAGUCACAUGCGGUGACAUUGGCACAGAUGCCGAGAGUGUUGAGAAAUAUCUUGAGUCAGUCUUGUACAUCGGCAGCAACUGGAAAUGUGUCGUCCUGAUGGAUGAAGCCGACGUGUUCCUGGAGGAAAGGACUAAGUUGGAUAUGCAGCGCAACGCUCUCGUGUCUGUAUUUCUUAGAGUUCUGGAAUACUACAACGGAAUCCUCAUCCUGACGACGAAUCGUAUCGGCACCUUCGACGAGGCUUUCAAAUCUCGCAUCCAACUUGCGCUCCACUACCCACCACUGGAUAGAGAUGGCCGUUGGGAGGUCUGGAGGAAUUUUGUCCAAUCGCUGUCAGAAACUGGAGAGAACAUCAACACGGGAGAGAUCAGCAAGAAGCUUGAUAUCCUCGCACGACAUAAAUUGAAUGGUCGACAGAUAAGGAACACGGUAAACACAGCUCGCCAGCUGGCGCGUUACAAGAAGGAAACGAUACGCUAUGCACAUAUUGACCAAGCGAUUGGAGUGGUCAAUGAGUUCGAGAAGUACGUUACCGACGUACACGGCCAUGAUGAUGAGGAGUAUGCGCAGGAUCAAGGCUUAAGGAACGAUCAAGCCUUGCGCGAUGUAGACUGA